CCCUGCCCACACGUGGCAGCCGCGCAGUGAAUCAUUCAAAGGAAAGAGAGCGAGAAGGCGCUCUCCUUGGGAUCCGUCACUCCAUUCUCACCCCGCCCUCCACCUCUCGCUCUCAAACCCCACUCUCUUAGAUCCAGAGCAAGAACCAGAACUCCCAUUUCCUACUCCUUCCCUUCUCCUUCCGUAUAACCCUAGAGUUAGCUUCCUGUUCUUGGUUCUUGAUCGAUGGCCUUCGCGUUCGCGGGGAUUCGCUUCUCCGCCGUGCAAGCUCCGGGGCUGUCACGUCGGUCUGGGAUUCAUGGAGAUCGCCAGAACGGUGGGAAUCACUCACUCCUAUUCUUGAAGAAGGGUUCUUUCCCGCGGAACAUGCUUGGUGGAAAUUCUUCUUAUGAACCUGAUUCUGCAUCUAUGACUGUUUUUGCAUCUGGAAAGGUGUUGAUUCCAGGCGGUGAAAGUGAUGGUUUCUCAUCUUCUGCAGAUUCAACUGGGAACCCUGAAGUAGCUCCUGAUGACGUGCAGGUGUUACAAGAAUCAAGAGGUCUACCCAUUGAAGAUGAGGAUAAGGUAGCAGCUAGGCAGACAACGACGUCUUCAGAAGCUAUGGAUGAUGAAAUCAUGAAUCAAGGUGUUAAACAGUCUUUACAUUCUCGAGCCAAUCAGACCAUUGAAAAAGUUGAGGAGAAACCAAGAUUUAUUCCUCCACCUGGUACUGGACAAAGAAUUUAUGAAAUUGACUCAUCUUUGGAAGGUCAUCGUGCACAUCUUGAUUAUCGAUAUAGCCAGUACAAGAAAAGCCGUGAACUGAUUGAUCGGUAUGAAGGUGGCUUGGAUGCAUUCUCUCGUGGCUACGAAAAAUUUGGCUUUAUCCGCAGUGCUGAUGGUAUUACUUACCGUGAGUGGGCCCCUGGAGCAAAGUCAGCAGCACUGAUAGGAGACUUCAACAAUUGGAACCCCAAUGCUGAUGUCAUGAAUCAGAAUGAGUUUGGUGUGUGGGAGAUUUUUCUGCCGAAUAAUGCAGAUGGCUCACCUCCUAUACCCCAUGGCUCAAGUGUCAAGGUAUGUUUUCUUCUUGGACAUUCGGUGAACUAUUGGUUGAAUGUUCUCUUUGAUGUUCUAAAUCCUUAUUUUACUUGUUUGCUGUAAUUACUGCAUAAGAUA